AUGUAUGCUUCGGUUAGACGACGGGUGAGAAAUGAGCGAGAGUUCAGCGAAUUUGGAGACUGCCCAUCGGCAGGUAUAAAACCGUAGAUCGCGCAAGCCGUAAGCAUCAGUUGUCUGCCUCCGUUCUUCUAUAGCACACGUUAAGCAUGAAGGUUGCCGUAAUCAUCCUCGUCCUCGUAGGAUGCGCCAUUGCCGCCGAAAAGUAUACGACCAAGUAUGAUAACAUUGACCUAGAUCAGAUCUUGAAAAGCGAUCGUCUUCUUAACAACUACGUAAAUUGCCUGUUGGAAGCUGGAAAUUGCACUCCCGACGGCAAGGAACUGAAAAAAUCUCUGCCCGAUGCUCUCGCCAACGAUUGCAGCAAGUGCAGCGCCAAGCAGAGGGAUGGCAGUGAGAAGGUGAUUCGUUUUCUGGUAAACAAGCGUCCCCAGAUUUGGGAGAAACUUGCUAAGAAGUAUGAUCCAAGCGGCCAAUACAAGAUCAAGUUCGAGGGAGAGGCACAGAAGGUUGGAAUCAAGCUGUAAAUGAGAAUAGAUGCGAUGGCACGCUCCCUCUUUUUUAUUGGCUCUCCUCCGAGAUCACGUCAAGUUCUCUCUAUCGAUUUUUUACCUAUAUUCGUCUGUCGUUUUCUUUUGUUUUCAUGUAAGAGUUGUUGAAUAAAUUUGUUGCAAUCUCCAAAACUU